CCACAGCCUCAGUGCUGAAGUGAAGUCUUUUCUUGCCCUAGCGGGAUUUGGAUUUCUAAUGCAAGACAGUUCUAAUCUGAGCAGUUUUUCCAACAAUGAUUCUUUAAGAAUGAUGAUCGUGACAAUUAAGAGGGGUCUUGUUGUCAAUAUCUAAAACGGGAGGCAGUAAAUGAGCAUUUUAACCCCAAAAGAACACAUCACACUGUGAUUUCAUUCUGAUGCCAAGGAUUAGGCGCUACAUUUCGGUAUUCUGGUCUAGUUAAUUUUCAGAGGAAAAUGGAUUCCUUUCUCUGUCGUUUCUAUAAGGUUUUGGUAUUAUUGCCCGUCAUCAUUUGGAAGCUUGGAUCUGCUGCAAUAAACUAUAAUUGUGAGGAUCCACUUGUGGCUUCAUUACCAAUAGCAGCAUUUGAUAGUUCUUCAGAACUUUCAGGAAUGCAUAGCCCAAAAUUUGCAAAACUCAACAGCAGAGACGGAGCAGGGGGCUGGUCCCCUCUGGUUUCUAAUAAAUAUCAGUGGCUGCAGAUUGAUUUGAGAGAGAGAGCAGAAAUCACUGCUGUUGCAACUCAAGGGAAAUUUGGAAGCUCUGACUGGGUCACAAGCUAUGGCCUGUUGUUCAGUGACACAGGAAGAAACUGGAUGCAGUACCACCAGGAAGACAGCUUUUGGGUUUUUACAGGAAAUACUAAUGCAGACAGCACUGUACACAGCAAAUUGCAGCAUUCUGUCAAAGCCAGAUUUAUACGCUUUGUUCCUUUGCAGUGGAACCCCGAUGGUGGGAUUGGAAUGAGAGUGGAGGUCUAUGGCUGUACCUACAAGUCUGAUGUAGCUGACUUUGAUGGCAGGACCUCAUUGAUGUAUAGAUUCAAUCAGAAAUCCAUGAGCACUGUAAAGGAUGUGAUCUCUCUCAAGUUCAAGAGCAUGCAGAGCGAAGGGGUUCUGCUUCAUGGAGAAGGACAACGUGGAGAUUACAUCACCCUGGAGUUACAGAAGGGAAGACUGUCUCUGCACAUGAAUCUAGGGGACGCCAAAGGACGAUUCAGUAACAGCCAUACAACUGUCAUAUUGGGGAGCCUUUUGGAUGACCAGCACUGGCAUUCAGUUUUAAUAGAACGCUUCAACAAGCAAGUUAACUUUACGGUCGAUAAACACAUUCAACAUUUCCGAACCAAAGGAGACUCUGACUACUUGGAUAUUGAUUAUGAGCUGAGUUUUGGCGGUAUUCCUGUUCCCGGGAAGCCUGGAACUUUCCUAAAGAGGAACUUUCAAGGAUGCAUUGAAAACCUGUACUAUAAUGGAGUGAAUAUUAUUGACCUAGCAAAGCGACGCAAACCUCAAAUCUAUACUGUGGGUAAUGUAACAUUUUCCUGCUCUGAGCUACAAGACACAGCAAUCACAUUCACCAGUGUCUCUGACAGUUACUUGCUGUUGCCAGGCACACCUAGUCUUGAUGGACUGUCUGUGAGUUUCCAGUUUCGUACAUGGAAUAAGGAUGGAUUGCUUUUAUCAGCUGCACUUUUUGGGAAGUCUGGAGUUCUACUGCUCUAUUUGGACCGUGGUAUAUUGAAACUGAAUCUGCAGGUUAAUGGAGAAAGUGAAACUGUACUCACCACAGGCUCUGAUCUGAAUGAUGGAUUGUGGCACACUGUUAGUAUGAGUGCCAGAAGGCAUCGCAUUGCUUUCACGGUGGACAACGAUGCUACCUUGGCUGAAUCUGCAACUAUCCAAGGACAGAUUGUUUCUGGAAAUAACUAUUACUUUGGAGGGUGUCCACCAAGUGCAGCUGAUUCCAGAUGUGUACCAGUUGUAAGUGGAUAUCAAGGCUGUAUGAGAAGUAUCUUCAUUGAUAAUAUGCCUAAGGAUCUCAAGUUAGUACAGCGAGGGUCCCAUGGGAAUUUUAGUGAACUACAAAUCGAUGUGUGCGGAAUGAAAGACAGGUGUUUGCCUAAUUAUUGUGAACACAGUGGGGUUUGUUUCCAGUCUUGGACUACAUUUUAUUGUGACUGCAGUAACACUGGAUAUACAGGAGCCACAUGCCAUAACUCUGUCUAUGAAGAAUCAUGUGAAGUGUAUAGACAUAAGGGAAAUACAUCUGGCUUCUUCUACAUCGAUUCAGAUGGAAGUGGACCAAUUAAAGCCAUGCUUGUCUACUGCAACAUCACAGAAGACAAAGCCUGGACUGUCAUACAGCACAACAACACUGAGGUCACUCAAGUGCAAGGCUUUGAUAUGGAGACUCCUUAUUCCAUGUCAUUUAACUAUAGCGGUAACACCAUGGAGCAGCUGUAUUCCCUUAUUAACAGUGCGGAACACUGUCAGCAGGAGACAACAUACUACUGUAAAAAGUCACGGCUCUUCAACAGCCCCAGUGUUAUGCCCUUCACGUGGUGGGUUGGUAGGAACAAUGAAAGACAUGCAUAUUGGGGAGGCUCUAUUCCUGGAAUUCAGCAGUGUGCGUGUGGACUAGAGGAAAACUGUUUGGAUAUCCGAUUCUUUUGUAACUGUGAUGCCGAUAAGGAGGAAUGGACGAAUGAUACUGGUCUACUCUCCUACAAAGAACAUUUACCAGUAACUCAGAUAUUCAUUAGUGACACCUACAGGGAAAACUCUGAAGCCGCAUACAAGAUUGGACCCUUGCAGUGCUAUGGAGACAGAAAUUUUUGGAAUGCGGCAUCAUUCAGCAGUGAUUCCUCCUAUCUGCACUUCCCAACUCUACAGGCAGAACUCAGCAAUGAUAUUUCAUUUUUCUUCAAAACAACAUACUUCUCCGGAGUAUUCCUGGAGAACCUUGGGGUUAAAGGUUUUGUAAGACUUGAACUAAAAUCUCCUUCAGAGGUGGCAUUUUCAUUUGAUAUGGGAAACGGAGCACGUGAAGUUAUGGUGAAGUCACCAUCAUUACUUAAUGAUAAUCAGUGGCAUUAUGUUAAGGCCGAGAGAAACAUUAAAGAAGCUGUUCUUCAGGUUGAUCGACUGCCAAGGAGAACCUCAGAAGCCCCAACUAAUGGACAUUUUCGCUUACAGCUCAACAGUCAAUUGUUUGUAGGAGGAGCAGCUUCUAGACAAAAAGGAUUUAUUGGAUGUAUACGCUUCUUGCAGCUUAAUGGUGUGACUCUUGACCUUGAUGAGAGAGCAAGAAUGACUCCUGGUGUCAGGCCUGGUUGUCCAGGUCACUGUAGUAGUUAUGGUAACCUAUGCCACAAUGGAGGGAAAUGCAUUGAAAAACACAAUGGCUACUCUUGUGACUGCAGCAGUUCUGCCUAUGAUGGACCAUUCUGCAGAACAGAAGUGGCUGCAUUGUUUAAACCAGGAACAUCAGUGACUUACCAUUUUCAGGAACCAUAUCCAGUAACGAAGAACUCAAGUAUACAAGCUUCCUCCAUUUACAUGGAUUCUGCUCCAUCCAGGGAACACAUAACGUUUAGCUUCAUGACAAUGCACAGCCCAAGUCUACUGAUGCAUGUGAGCUCCCACCAUCAGGCAUACAUGGGUGUCCUGCUCUGUCAGAAUGGUAGCUUACAGAUUCGCUACAAACUGAAAACGUCCAAAGUGCCUGAAGUACUCACUAUUAAUCUCUCCAACUUUUCCAAUGGACAGCUUCACCAAGUGAAGAUUAAUAGAGAAGGAAGACAUCUUUAUGUCCAGGUGGACCAUUUUCCUGAGACAAAAUACAACCUACCAGCCGAUGCAGAUUUCAGUGCCAUAAAAUCUAUUACCCUUGGAAAAUUAGCUGGUAACACUGCUUCAGACCCAGAAGUUCUAAAGGCCAACUCAUAUGGAUUUAUUGGAUGCCUUUCUUCUGUUCAGUAUAACCAAAUUGCUCCUCUGAAAAUGGCUUUACGCUACUCCAGUACAGCUAUCAUAGGUGUUCAAGGGCAUUUAAUUGAAUCCCAUUGCACUUCAUCACCAGGAUUUGAUAUCAAUACAAUAAAGACAACACACUCUUCAUCAGAUCAUUCAAGAACUGCAGAUGAAAGAAAAGUAAUUACAAGUGCAAUGCAAAGUGAUUCUGCCAUUAUUGGAGGUGUAAUUGCUGUAGUGAUAUUUAUAAUUGUCUGCAUUGUUGCAAUCAUGACUCGAUUUUUCUAUCAUCACAAAGCACCCCAUCGAACAAAUCAAGUAAAAGAAAAAGAGUUUCCAGAAAAUCUAGACAAUUCUUUAAAAAGUAGAACUGAGUUACAGAACCCCAUAAUUGAAAGUAAAACGGAAUAUUUUAUCUGACUGAAUGGUGCUGACUGACAAAAAGUUUGUACCGCCAAUUAACUUCUUUCAGACUCUCAUGUGGAAAAGAAACCAUUUGUUCUGGUCCAAAAUAACAGCCAUUUACAGUGCCUCAUCUCCAAGAAUAUUCUCUAUCUUAAGGCCUAUAUGACCAACAGAGGGUUCUGUUUACAGUCAUUAACACACAAAAAAUAAUGCAUAAUAGUCAGGCAUUAUAUAGCUGGGCCUUUCCUAGAAAAAUGUAUACAACUUAACAAAAAUGAGCAAAAGCUGCAAAUCUCAUGAACUACUAAAGAGCCUACAGUGAACACAAAGCCUCUAAACAUGCUUGUUAGAUAUUGCAGCUUUUGGACUAGAUAUUGUAAUCUAUGAAAUGCUGAUAGAACAAAAGAAAGAAACUGACAGAGAGAUGAAAUAUGCAGCCCAAAGUUAUUUUGAACAUGCUGGGCAUGGCCAAGUUGUUUAGGAUCACAACAGUGGUAAGCUUGGUACAGAUGUCACAGCUCGAUACUGUAUCAGUGUCCAUCUGUGAACUUAACCACGUGUGAGAGGAAACUUAAACUUACUGUCAGCGAUGAAAGUUGUACAAUCCACUCAGACUCUUUAUUGGUUUGCCAGAUUGACCACAAAGAUGACAUUUCAUCAAGGACCACAACAUUAAAGUAGUGAAUAUUCUCAGGAUUAGAACACUACAAGAAUGUCUAUCAAGAGGAAAUACCUGCUAAAUCUUACAAGGCUAUAAGCAUUGAAAUGUUUUAAAAGAAUAACAUGUCACCAACAGAGGUCACACUAACAAACAGGAAACAGACUGCUGAUUCUUUUCAUGUGGUAGCAAUUCCAUGUUGUGAAACUUGUUCAGUUUAACAUAAUUAGAAUUUGUUUGUCCAGCAGAUAUUGACAAUGUUGAAGCACACAUCAUGUUGUGAUGGCACACUUGACAUGCUGAAUUGCAGCAUAACUAUAAUCAAAGUAAGCAGUGGGUGCAAGUACAGGUCCUUUAACUGUCUUUGUUAUUCCAAAGCUGAUUAAGAGCAUUGUACGAUCAUUUCAGUGAUGGGAAGCUUUGGCCCUGCCCACAAAUAUUAAGUCUUAUCAAAUGGAUUGAAUGUAGAAUCAUCUGCUGCCAUGACAGUUGUGCGACACAAUCUGCCUGAUGAUAGUAUACUCAGAGUCUAUACUUCAUGGUACACUAAAAUACUUUAUACCAGUUUUCCAAAAUUAUAGCAACACCUGAAUACUAAGCUCUGUUUCAAUCAAAUAUAGAAGCCUGAGCCUAGAGAUGGGGUUAAAUGUUUAUUUCAAUUGUUGGAUAUAUCAUUGUAUACUUACUUGUUCAGAAGAGCACAGUGAAAGCACGACUCGGUCUGAUAAUGCAGCUGCUUCUUUGAAAAGUGGCACUAAUUGCUCUCAACACAAUAACACACAUGUAAGAGCUUUUGUUAUUGCUUUUGUCUUGAAAAUGCAAUACAGUACUUACUGUUAGCAGUCCAUCUGAACUACCUGCAGGUUGAGAUGGUUGGGACAUGUAUGGGCAACUACCUCAGGAGAUUAUAAUGCAUGGAGAUGGCCCUGGGACAGACCCCAGACACCCUGGAGUGGUGAUCAUAGGGUUAUCCUAAGGCUACCAUUGGGGAUAGCUAUAAUUGUAUUAUUAAUUAAUAAUGUUGCUUAGCUUGUUAUCACCGAGACCUCUAACAGGAAAAGUUGCUUUGAUAGAGGGACAACAAUGAAUAUGUAAAACAAACGUUUACAAUAUUGAAUAAAAUGCUUUCACAUUCAAAAGUGGGUUUGUGUUCUGCUGAUGUGUUAAUACAAGAUAUAAAUAAGUCCAAUCGAAUUGCUCAUUGACUGUCAGUGUACAAUUUUAAGCUCAAACAGCAGAUGAACUGUAUAACAUCACAGAAUGACUGUCCUAUCCUGCCCAUGCAUGUGCUGUUUCUAUAAACUGUAGGCAUUACUCACUCCCAUGUUUUAUGUAUUACCUCUGAUAUUACUUUCAUUAUUUCAGGUAAGGUAGUAAUGGUGGAUAAUCUAAAUUAAACACAUCAUUAGGCAUUUUAACCCCAUGUACCUGCUUUUGCUGAGGUGGAAUAUACUCUAUGUACCACUUUCAGCACUGUUUAUACACUCAUAUCAUACCAACUUACAAAGGUUACCAAGUUUCCUUGACUUUACUUUCAUACAGUGGAUUAAGUAACCUAUUUCCUUACAUACUGCAUGCAAAUACUUCUUGGUAUUUUAUUCAGCAAUGGACUCAAUACAGUAAAAGUUUUGUCUUAUCUACCUUUGUUUGUUUUAUCCAUUAUCUUUGGAAAAAUAUAUUCCUGUAAAACAAGGUUUAUUAAGAAGGAAAAAUUGAUAGUCACAUGAAGGCCAACAUGAUCUAGGUCUUUCAGACGUUUUAAUUAUUUUCUUUCUCUGCCACUUUUUUAUGCUUUCCACAAUCAAGUACAAAUCCAAUUAAUUUCUGUUCAUUUCAAGGCAUGACCUAGUUUUGUUAAAUAUUAUAGUGAACAUUACAUGUCUGCAUAGUUUCACUUGCAUAUUACCAUUAAUGGGAAGACAGAUCUCCUGUCAUAGUUACAAAUUUCACUGUAUCCAUAACUCACACUAUGUAAAAUUGGCCCAGCUUUUAGUUCUGUUUAUUUCCAAGUUACAGAGAUGUGUCACUGCUGAUUUUAUUAAUUCCUAAAAAAUCUGCAAUAUUUUAGUAAUUUAUAAUAUCCAAAGGAAAAUAAGUUUAUCUGCUAAAGGUAGAUCUGUGUCAUGUUAUGUUAUACCUUGCUUUGGACUAUCCCACAAAUAACUCACAUAGUAUAUGUGCCAAUACAUAUUUGGUUUCUAAAUGUGCACUUGUAAUAAAAGACCUGGUUUUAAUUUUAUAAAUAAUAUUUAAAAGAAGCCAAUAAGAACACACUCUUGUAACCAGGAAUUCACUGGGAGGAAGUAUUUAAUGAAUAUGUUUUGUGUUUUAUUUCAAAUGUGUACAUAAUUUGUGAUUUGUUUUCUCCUUACAAUUUAGUCAUAUUCACAGCUGAUUAAAAUGUAUAAAAGAAAAGCACAAAUGUACCUCAUGAUUCAUAUGAAUGUAGAUGAGAUAUAAUGGCCUUAUCAUUCAUGUCUUUCUUUUUUUCAGUGAUCCUCACAUUUUAUCUGUAUUGUCCAUGUCUUAAUUAAUGUAUUCAAACUCCAACUCAUUCCAUGUUACAGCGAUGGUUCGAAAGGCUCGUCUGCAGCUCUACGUUCUAUAUUGCCAUUGUUUUCUAUAGUCCAGUCCAGUGGAGGAAUGAACUCUUACAUAUGAAAUGGUUAAAUGUUUGUUUUUGCCACAUUUUGUGCAAUUGUUUGCUAAUAAUAUAAUUGUAAUAUAGAACAUAUUUCUUCUUGCAAACUAAUAAUAUAAAGUUGAUAAUAUAUUUCUUCUUGUGUAAGCUCAUAA